AUUUAUAUGACAUUAAUAUUUUUAUUUAAAUACAAACAGACAUUUGGCAAGUUUGGUGAAUAACAGAGAGUUUGAUAUCGUUACUAGAAUUUUUAAUUGUGUCUUUAAUAAAAUUAUAUAAUUGAGGUUUUCAGUUGUGUUAAUUUGCGUGUAGAUACGGAUAUGAUAGUGUAUUGCUUCAUAACACCCAAUAACAUAGAAAUCGUUGUUUGUAAAGUUAAAAAAUACCUUUAAGUUCAUACUGAGAAGACCCAAAUUCAACCGCAAUAAAAUGAUGAUGCAGUAUAUGAAAGAGUUGGAACAGGAACCAUUUGAUCCAGAUGAAUUUGUAGAACGCCUUGCUUGGAGAACAGUUGCAGAUAGUAGAAAUGAGGGUACUGGACAUUUUGAUCCUGUUCUCCUUCAUGAGACAUUUCUUCAGGCAAUCAAGGACCUACAGCUUUUACAAGAACGCCAGCAAAAGAAAUGUGAACGCCUGGAGAUCAUGUGUCGAGAAGAAGAAAAUGGACAUUGGCAACAGAUUUCACAACUGCAAGAUAGGAAUAAGGCAUCUGUCAGCAUGUUUCAAGAGUUGGAUGAGAGAAUUAAUUAUGUGGCAACUAAAGUAAUUCACUUGGGUGAUCAGCUGGAGAGUGUUAACACACCUCGCUCCAGGGCAGUUGAAGCACAGAAACUUAUGAACCAUUUUGCAGAAUUUCUUAGUCCUGGGCCACUGCUUGCAGAAGUCUUCACUGACAAAACUCAGAUAGAUGAAGCAGCUGACAUUAUACAAAAGUUACAUUUGAUUGCUCAAGAAUUGCCUUCAGGAAAAUUUGAAAAGGCCAAAAAGAAAAUAGCUGCAAAGUAUGAUGAAAUUGAGAGAUCACUAAUUGAGGAGUUUGUGAAAGCUCAUCGCUCAGAUGAUAAAGGAAGGAUGAAAGAAAUUGCAACUAUUCUUUCUCAUUUCAAGGGCUAUCCGCAGUGUAUAGAUGCAUUCAUUGAGCAAAGCCAAAUGGGUGCAUUUACAGGAAAAGAUGUCUUCCAUGAUGUAAUUCCUUUGUGUGAAAAAAAUUUUUCUGUGAUGACUGAGGUGUUUAGUAAUCCAGACCAAGUAAUGGCAAAGUUUGUGCUUAAUAUUUAUCACUUGAAACUGCAGAAAUACAUUGUGACUAGUUUGUCAGAUAGAAGUGACACAGACAGAUAUCUCAAGAACUUAUAUGAUUUAUAUUCAAGAACAGUUAAACUCUCAAAUGAUCUGUCUCACUUUCAAAUGGGGAAUGACAAUAUGUACCUAAGUAAGCUGACCAUGAACAUCUUUCAGAAGUAUCUGGACUCUUAUAUCAGUGUGGAAACUAAAUGUCUAAAAGAAAAGAGUGCUGCAGUAUUACACAGAUAUUAUGAAUGCAAGAAUCAUCAGAAAAAACAAAUUCAGACUGGAGGUUUCCAGGAUUUGAGAAGAGACCUGCAGGCAGUGAUUGGAACACGUGCAAAUUUUAACAUUGCUCAGAUCGAAAACUAUGGAGGAGAAACAUUUUUAUCAGAAGAAGUUGCUAUUGCACUGCUUCAGGAAAGCAAACUGGCUUUUAGAAGAUGUGAGCUGCUCUCUCGUCAGUCUGACAUGCCAGGUAAUGCACUUCAGAUAUUUGAAAUUUUACUGCACUAUCUUAUGGCUGAGCACCUGGAUUAUGCCCUUGAACUGGGAUUGCAAAGUGUACCUAUACCAGAGAACAAAACGCAACCUCAAAUCUCCUUCUUUGAUGUUCUACGACAAUGUAAUGCCAUCAUUCACUUAUUGGAGAAGCAGUUCAUCGAUAGUCUUGUUCCAUUGGUUAUAUCUACUCCAAAACAUGGUGAUUGUCUUCAAAAGAAAAAGUACCUUUUAGAACAGAUUGAAUUUAAAUUAGAUACUGGACUUGACAGGUCAAUUAAUGCAAUUGUUGGUUGGGUGAAAAUAUAUCUUCAAACAGAACAGAAGAAAACUGAUUUCAAACCGGAAACAGAUGUAGAUACUCUGGCAUCUCCUGCAUGUUUGGCUGUAGUGCAGUAUGUUCGAAGCAUGGUGGAAAGAAUCAGAGACAGCUUAGAUGGUAAAAAUGUUGAAGCUCUUAUGAUGGAGUUUGGUGCACGUUUCCAUCGUGUUAUUUAUGAACAUCUCCAGCAGUUCCAGUAUAACUCAGCAGGAGCAAUGUGUGUAAUUUGUGAUGUUAAUGAAUACAGAAAAUGUGUGAAAGAAUUCAAGGUUCCAUUGGUGAACACAUUAUUUGAUACACUUCAUGCAUUGUGCAAUCUACUUUUAGUAAAACCUGAAAAUUUGAAGCAAGUGUGUACAGGAGACCAAUUGGCUGGCUUGGACCGUUCAAUCCUCUUGAAUUUCAUUCAGCUUAGAAGUGAUUACAAAACACAGAAAUUAUCUGUCUCACUUAAGGGCUUAGCUACAUGAAAGUGGUGACAGAACAGUACCUCAGGCCUCUUUAUCUUUCAUUGUGUACAAGAUGGAUGGAAGUUCACAAAUCAGUACUUGAAGCUGUAACUAUGCAACAAUGGAGCAGAUCUACAGAUGAUGUUCCUAAUAUCAAAGCUUUAUAAUUGUAAAUCAUAAGUUAAAUGACAAGCUUAAAAUGAUUAAUGUAUUGUAUAGUGUUAAGAACAUAUCACAAAAUAUUUCUUUUCAUAGAAAUGCCCAAUGAGUAUAAUAUUUCUGUAUAAAACAUUAAAUAGAUUACUUAUAUUUAUGAUAUUUAAUAAUUCACUUAUUUUAAAACUUAUUAACAUUGUUCAAAAAUGUAAAAUGCAAGCAGGAUUGUUUUCUGUCUUUAUUGAUAAGAUGUAUAUUUCUUAUAUUUGAUCUGUUAAAAAUUAUACUGAAAGAAACCACAAAUUUAUUUUUAAUUUUGAAAGAUGGCAUGAAAUUUUUGAUUUAUUAAGUGGCAUUUGUUAUGCAGUCUUUCAUGUCCAAAUGUAAUUUUCCAUUCAUAAUGUUCAUCAGGAAAGCCGUGAAAUUAUUUUCAACUGAAACUGGAAUUGUUAGUUUUAUCUUCUAAUUCUAUACAGAUUAAAAGUUGUAAAUAUAAUAUUGAUGAAACAUGUA